CCUCCUCCUCUUCUCUCUCCCCCUCCCCAUCCCAGUCUAUUUCCACCCUCCUCAUCCUCCUCCUCCUCUCUCCUCCUCCCUCCUCCUCCUCCCCAGUCUGGUUCCACCCGCCUCCUCCGCGGGGUGUCAGUCCCACUCCCGCCGUGCUGACCCGGGCUCCACCGGAGAGGAGCGGACAACUGAUGUGGGACUCUGUGCGUUCCGACCGUGCGCCGCUGCCCCGCGCCGGCCUGUGACUCGCUGAGGUCAAGGUGGGACAGCGUGGCUGGAAGAUCGGCCGAUGGGAUGCUCAGUGCGAGGAGAGAGAGGACCUGGAUGUGAGCAGCUCCACUGGGAGGGAAAGGGUGUCAUCAAUCUUCAGCCUGACCUUGUCGACCGGAGCGAGACCAUGACUUUACACAACGAGUCGGACGAGACCUCCCCUCCCUCCUUCCCCCACUCCUCCUCGGAAUACAAUUUCUCUGUCUUUGUCACCCACGACCCCUCAUACUCCCCCAUGUCCUUCCCCACCUACUCCUCCUCCUCGCUGACCUCCUCCAACUGCACCAUCUUGCCGCCGGCCUCCUCGCCCCCGUACAACUUCUACGCGGUGCUGCUGGUGCUCCUGAUCUUCUGCGUGGUGUUCGGCAACGUGCUGGUGUGCAUGGCGGUUUCUCGGGAGCGCGCUCUGCAGACCACCACCAACUACCUCAUCGUCUCGCUCGCCGUGUCUGACCUGCUGCUGGCCACGCUGGUCAUGCCGUGGGGCGUCUACCUGGAGGUGGUGGGAGAAUGGCGCUUCAGUCUCAUCCACUGUGACAUCCUGCUCACCCUAGACGUCAUGAUGUGCACGGCCAGUAUCCUCAACCUCUGUGCCAUCAGCAUCGACAGAUACACAGCGGUGGCCAUGCCGAUGCUCUACAACACCAGAUACAGCUCCAGGAGGAGGGUGACGGUGAUGAUUGCCGUGGUGUGGUUCCUCUCCUUUGCCAUCUCCUGCCCCUUACUGUUUGGACUCAACAACACUGCCAGCCGGGAAGGCACCACGUGCAGCUUUGCCGACCCAGCCUUCGUGGUGUACUCCUCUGUGGCCUCCUUCUACGUUCCCUUCAUUGUAACGCUGCUGGUGUAUGCGCAGAUCUGCGUGGUUCUGCGCAAGCGGGGAAGACGCACGGCCCCGUUGCACAGACAUGGUCUGCACACACAAGGCGGGUCUGACGCAGGAGGGGGUCAUCGCCACAGGAAGAAUAAGUGCACCCAGCCAGAAGAUGUAAAGUUAUGCACCCUGAUUCUGAGGCCUGCCACUGCCCCACAGCGCAAGAAAGUGACCCUGGUGAAGGAGGCGGUGGUUCACCCCCCCGAAGGGGAGCCGAGUCACUUUCUGCCGCGGACCGAGCAGAGUCUGGCUCUGCCCCCUGCUCCCCAGACCUCCUCCCGGCCGGGACGGGCGAGGAUCUCACUGUCCAUCUCAGUCGGACCGGCCCCGGUUCUCCCUUCAGCCGUGGCGCGAUCGGCCCUGACGCCUCGCCCCCCCACUCUCGAGGCCGGCAUGAGGGGACGUGAGGGAUGGAGGGAGCGCAGCGGGGCCAGGGAGAAGUGGGGCAUCACAAAGGAGAGGGUGAGAGGGAGGCUGUCCCAGCAGAAGGAGCGGAAGGCGACGCAGAUGCUCGCGAUCGUGCUCGGUGUCUUCAUCAUCUGCUGGCUGCCUUUCUUCCUCACCCACGUGCUGAAGGCCCACUGCAGGAGCUGCUGCAUCUCGCCCUCGCUCUACAGCGCCGUCACCUGGCUGGGAUACCUCAACAGUGCCGUCAACCCCAUCAUCUACACCACUUUCAACAUCGAGUUUCGCAAAGCCUUCAUCAAGAUCCUGCACUGCUGAGAGCCGCGGCGAUGAAGAGUGUCAGCUGUCAAGACUGAUCUGACAUGAGAGUAGGCCGAUGUGAAAGCAGGGAUCAAGAACGAGAUGACGUUUUUCGAAUGUAAGGAGAGCGGGAUGAAGCAAACUGAUGAGUUAAGGUGAUAUAAGCUAUAAGGAAAAUAAAGAGAAAAGAAAAAUACCCGGGAGAUCAGGGAAACAAACUAUCUGACCAUCACACAAAAAAAAAGUCUGUGACAAGUAAAAGGCAGGAAACACAAACAAGCUGGAGAUAUUUAUGGAGGAGAACACUCGCGCUGUGUUGUGUACAUGUACUCUGUACAGGGAACAUGUGAGGACCGAGGAUCUUGCCGCAGCAUCCCGACUGCAAGACUCCACAUAUGUGUUUUCCCAAUUCACUGGAACACUUGAGUAGUGACAGACCGUCGCUGUUGUAAUUUUCUUGUAAUCUUGACGAAACAGCUGCUUGUUAUUUGGUUUUGUUUGCUCUCAAAGGACUGGAACAAGUCGAGGCAGAGUGGGGGAAAAAAUCUUUGACAUAUGGCUCCAGCAUAAAAACUGAAGUGACAUCAAAUUUCAUAAAUCAGCAGAAGUGAAUUUCGAGGUGUACUUUAUUGUUUGCCUACGUGUAAAUGUGUUGUAAAUAAUAAUUUUACUGCUUUAGAACAGGGAUCCCAACAAUUGAUUAUAAUUAAACAUUUUCUUUCGGCGCUUACUUUGUAGUACCAUGAAAUAAAUACAAUACAAUUAAAUUAA